UGUUGCAAAUAACAUUAAAAUCUGUUGUUGUAUAGAGAUAGAUACACAAAGAAAAAUGUCUGAAGAACUCACAAGGAUAUUUAGUUUAGGUUUAUCAGUUAAAAAAUGUGAAAAUGAUUCAUCAUCUAUCCAUCCAAGACUCAAUGAAUUUAAAGGACGAUAUUAUCGAUCAGGUGUUCAAGAGAAUAGGAGAAAGAAUUAUCUAGACCAUCAGAAGAAGAGGAGAUUUGACGCAGCUAAUUAUGCUCGCAAACUUGCGGAUGGUGACUUGAAUGAAAAUGAAUUUGAAGAAAUUUCUUUGGAGAUUGAAAUGGAUGUGGAUGAGCAAAAGAAAAGAAAAGAUAAAAAAUUUAAUCCAUACAAAAAUCAGUUGAUGCUGUCAGAAUGGAUUGUUGACCCUCCAACAGACCUAACAACAAAUUGGCUGAUGGUAGUUUGUCCUGUUGGAAAGAGAGUGUUGAUAGUAGCACACAAGGGUCACACUACAGCGUAUUCGAAAGGCGGUCACGUGUUAAAUAGAUUUCCCUCCUUAUUACCUGGUGGUUCAUACAAAACAUGGAAAAAAGACAAUAACUUUGCACGCUCGUUUACAUUGUUGGAUUGCAUCUACGAUGAAGUCAAUCGCACGUACUGGAUGUUGGAUCUUAUGUGUUAUAAGGGAAACCCGAUCUACGAUAGCGAGGUCGAUUUCAGAUUUUUUUGGCUAAACUCGAAACUCCUAGAAGAUGCUCCAAAGCUAUCCGAGCAAUCUAGUGUAAACCCGUUCAAGUUUAAACCGUGUAGAAAUGUUUUGUGUGAGAAGACGGCGAUCGUGAACGCUGUUACAGACACAUAUCCAUUCGAGAUCGACGGUGUACUGUUUUAUCAUAAGUUGGGCCAUUAUGGACCUGGUCGCACACCCCUCGUGGGCUGGUUAAAGCCAUAUAUGAUACCCGAAAUACUCGGUAUAGCGAUGCCAUUAACAGUUAUGGAGACAGCACCCGUAGAAUUUAAUCGUGACAUUUUAAAGAAUGCAAAUAAGGAACUGCAAAACACGACUAGUGAUCGAUCUUUUAAUAAUCCGAAAGAUGUGACAAAGAAGAAAAAAGAUAAUCAAGUCAGUAUGGAAAGCUGAUCACAUGUUGCAACAAUACACCAAAACACGAUCGUUUAAGGUAAAUGUGGAUACACCUUAACGAAAGUUAAAGCCUGCAUUAGACUAGCUUAAAAGAGCAGUGCACUCCAAAAGACACGCGUAAACCAAGCAUAUUUAUUAAUACAUAUUUAUAAAAGUAAUGUGGUUGGAUUUUUAACUGGCUAAAUGUUUUUGUAUACAUCCAGAUACGUGAAUGAUCAUAAUCUUGGACUCAAAGUAAUAUAUUUUAACAAAGACAUAUAGUUGAGCCUAUUUAAACCAGUCGUACAUGGAGAAUUUAGAAGUGUCCCUCGAUUGGAAAUGUCUGUUUUAUAGGUUUUUCUUCUUCUGAGGUUUGAAUGUACACACUGUCGAAACCUGAUAUGGAGCAUGCAUGCUAUGUACAGGUUUGACUGCGCACUUAUAUUUUAUACAUUACACCUUUUAUCAUGUAACAGGCGUAGCAAUUGUAAACUUACCAGUAGCUCUUUUGUUACGAGUAGAAGUGAAAAAAAACCUU